AUGAGAGCAAAUUCCAAGAGCAAGAACAAGAAUCAGAAUCGUUCCAUAAAAUGUUGGAAAGAGAAAGAACAAGCACAUGCCGAACUCGAGACCGAGCUAAGGAAGGUCCACGGGAAGAUCAGCCAUAUCGAGGAAGAUCUGGAAAACAAAGGAAACGAGCUAGCUAUUGCUCAAAAAGAGAGUAAAGAGCAAGAAGCCACAUUAUCUAACCGCUUGCGUGAGGCUCAAGAGAAGGUACAGUUGUUGACGCAAAUAAACACAGCAGAGAAACCCAGUCUGACAAAACAGCUCAAUGAAGCAUUGGAGAAGUGCGCAACUCUUGAGAUGGCCAAGAAAGAACCAGAUCCUGAUCUGACAUGA